GGGCCAGCGCGGGGCCAGGCGGGUCUGAAGGUCGGGAAUGCUUUCCCGGGAGCCUCUCCCAGGAGAGGACAAAGGCUCUGGCUGCACGAUCUCUGCAACAGAGGGAGGGCUUCCGGACCCACCGGCCUGCUCCGAGGUCCCCACGGCACAGACGGACGGGAGAGCAAGAGCCAUUGGGGCUGCCACCCCCAGGAGCUCCUCAGCAGCAGGGCAGAGCCCUCAAAACCAGGGACAUUGGAGAAGGGUUAUUGAUCUCCCCCAGUCCUUCUGCCAAGAAAACAAUUGGGCUUCUUUCCAUGGAGACCAGGGACUCUGAGGAUUUGGGGAAACCCCAGAAGAAAUUAGUGAGUGGCUCAUGGCAGAUUGAUGAGCCAGCCACUGUGAGACCUGAGGUCCUUUCAGAAGAGAGGACGCCCCAUGUUGUCCAGGAGACGCAAGACAAUGCACCUCAUUACUACAUCCCAAUCCAGAGGAACUCCAUCUUCAACCGAACUGUGAGACACAGAAGCAAAAGCAACGCUAGAGGCACUCCUGAGCGGAACACCACCCCCCCAGCAGAUUCACUGGAAAAUGGAAAAUCUGUAAAUGAGACCCUGACCUUGAAUUUCCCCCAGAGCAGAUCGGGUCCCUGGAGAAUACCAACACAGACACACCCACGAGCCAAGAGAACGAGCGAGUCAUCCUCCACCCCGGGAAAUGGGGCCACACCCGAGGAGUGCCCGGCCCUCGCCGACAGCCCUACCACGCUCACCGAGGCCCUGCAGAUGAUCCAUCCCAUUCCCGCAGACUCCUGGAGAAACCUCAUCGAACAAAUAGGGCUCCUGUAUCAGGAAUACCGAGAUAAAUCAACUCUGCAAGAAAUCGAAACCAGGAGGCAACAGGAUGCAGAACUACAAGGCAAUGCCGACGGGUCCCCAGCCAGCGAGGAGGCUCCGGAAGAGGACGAAGAGGAGGAGGAGGAGGAGCUGCCAAGCCCGCCCGAGAGGAAGGCCUUGCCCCAGAUCUGCCUGCUCAGCAACCCCCACUCCAGAUUUAACCUCUGGCAGGAUCUCCCGGAGAUUCGGAGCAGCGGCGUGCUGGACAUCCUCCAGCCAGAGGAGAUCAGACUGCAGGAGGCCAUGUUCGAGCUGGUCACUUCCGAGGCCUCCUACUACAAAAGCCUGAACCUGCUGGUGUCGCACUUCGUGGAGAACGAGCGGCUGAAGAAGCUCCUGCACCCGUCGGAGGCACACAUCCUCUUCUCCAACGUGCUGGACGUCAUGGGCGUCAGCGAGCGGUUCCUCUUGGAGCUGGAGCGCCGGAUGGAAGAGAACAUUGUCAUCUCGGACGUGUGUGACAUCGUGCACCGCUACGCCGCCAACCACUUCUCCGUCUACAUCACCUACGUCAGCAACCAGACCUACCAGGAGAGGACCUACAAGCAGCUGCUCCAGGAGAAGGCAGCCUUUCGGGAGCUGAUCGCACAGCUGGAGCUGGACCCCAAGUGCAGGGGGCUGCCCCUGUCCUCCUUCCUUAUCCUGCCUUUCCAGAGGAUCACACGCCUCAAGCUCUUGGUCCAGAACAUCCUGAAGAGGGUGGAAGAAAGUUCUGAACGGGAAGCCACUGCCUUGGAUGCCCACAAGGAACUGGAGCUGGUGGUAAAAGCCUGCAACGAGGGCGUCAGGAAAAUGAGCCGCACGGAGCAGAUGAUCAGCAUUCAGAAGAAGAUGGAGUUUAAGAUCAAGUCGGUGCCCAUCAUCUCCCACUCGCGCUGGCUGCUGAAGCAGGGUGAGCUGCAGCAGAUGUCAGGCCCCAAGACAUCCCGGACGCUGCGGACCAAGAAACUCUUCCGGGAAAUUUACCUCUUCCUCUUCAACGACCUGCUGGUGAUCUGCCGGCAGAUUCCCGGAGACAAGUACCAGGUGUUUGACUCGGCCCCACGGGGCCUGCUGCGGGUGGAGGAGCUGGAGGACCAGGGCCAGACGCUGGCCAACGUCUUCAUCCUGCGGCUGCUGGAGAACGCGGAUGACCGGGAGGCCACCUACAUGCUGAAGGCGACCUCUCAGAGCGAGAUGAAGCGCUGGAUGACCUCACUGGCCCCCAACCGAAGAACCAAGUUUGUCUCUUUCACAUCCCGGCUGCUGGACUGCCCCCAGGUCCAGUGCGUGCACCCGUACGUGGCCCAGCAGCCAGAUGAGCUGACCCUGGAGCUGGCCGACAUCCUGAACAUUCUGGACAAGACGGAGGAUGGGUGGAUCUUUGGUGAACGUCUGCACGACCAGGAGAGAGGCUGGUUCCCCAGCAACAUGACUGAGGAGAUCCUGAACCCCAAGAUUCGGUCCCAGAACCUCAAGGAAUGUUUCCGUGUCCACAAGAUGGAUGACCCCCAGCGCAGCCAGAACAAGGACCGCAGGAAGCUGGGCAGCCGAAAUCGGCAAUGACCCCUGGCCCCUGCGGGUGGGCAGGGGCAGGGCCUGGCAGGCAAACCCCAGCAGGCGGUGGGGGGUCCUGGGGGAAGGCCGGGGUCGCCCGCCCCUCCUGCUACCACAUGGUGCGUGCUUGUGUCUUGGCCUCUUGCUCACAAACUGGAGGCGGGCGCCCGCGUCUCUUCCUCUGCUGCGUUUGUACAUGAGAACGCGUAUCUUCAACAGUAUUGCACCCCCUCCUCCUGUCUCUCCGAGGCGGUAGGCAGAGGGCUGGCAUCCCCCAGGGCCUUUCUCAGGCACCGAAAGAGGCCCCAGACCCAGGGUGUCCCUGGCCGAGGGCAGGUGCGAAGGCUGGUCGUCACGACCCCCUGCACGUGUCCUCUGCGCUGGAAGCCAUUCAUUCGAACCGGCCAGACCCACGGACGGGCCACCCUUGCCUGAUGAGCUUGACGAGCGGCCCUUGGUCUCCCAGUCCAAGGACAGAGAGACCAGCGGCCUCUGUCCGCCCCCGCCCCAGCCCCCGCCAGCCUCUGGCUGCACGGCCAGGUCCUGCCUCAUGGCAGGCCUCCCAGAGCCUGGCUGAGGGCCAUGCCGCCUUGGGCUCCCCGACGGGCUGGACGUAACUUACAUCUUCUGGCCCCUUCGGGAGCCCGGGUAUCAUAAAGGAAUGACUUGGUCACUGCAUCCCAUAUGGGUUAUGGUUCUGAGAAAAGCAAAUACCAUUUUUGGCUGCAUUAAAAGAAGCAUCAUGUAUAAAAUCAA